CUAGUCCGCGUUUUACUAGUCCAGUCCAGUCCAGUCCAGUCCAGUCCACGGAAUACCAUAUGCCAAGUUUUCUUGGUUCCUUGUCAGCCGUUGAUCACCGGAGUGUGACAAGAAGCAGGUCACGAAAGCAUCGACAUUUUUCACUUGUACCGACAUUUUCCGGGUCGACCUCGGUAUCUCUGGUAUUGAACAUUUGGUAUCAAUUUCGGCCCGUCCUUACCACUUAUCCUCAUCGGGUUUAUAUUGGCGUCAUGGCGUCGAAUGUUUUCUCCGCAGUUUUGAGGCUCCAGUUUCAAAUUACAACUCGUUCCGUCACCAAAUACAAACAAGCUCUGUUGUUUCCGAUGUCAGUGAGGCAGAAGCGUUCGUUGACUUACGGAAGCACAACUGACUACGCGAAAGAGGCAAACUGGAAAUGUCGUCAGGAUCUGGCAACGGCCUUUCGGGGUUUGCAUUAUUAUGGAAUGAGUGAGGGUGUCUGUACGCAUUUGACAAUGAUGGCCCCUGCUAUGAGCGGCGAUGGAGAAGUUAUGCUAAUGAUUCCACAUGGCCUGCAUUGGAGUCAGGCAACCCCAUCAUCCUUGCUUGGUGUCAGUAAUAAGGGCGAGCUGGUGGAAGGCAAUGGUCAUGUGCAGAAAGAGUCUAACGCAAUCCAUAUCGGUCUUCACAAUGCCCGGCCAGAUGCUGUGUGUGUUUUCCAUCUUCACUCUCCAUACACCACGGCUCUAGUUAUGCUGGAGGAAAAAGUCUUUGGCAUGUUUCACCAAACCCACUGUCGCUUCUACAAUGACUUUGUCUAUGAUACAAAUUAUGAAGGGGUAGCCACCAGCAGCAAAGAAGGAGAGCGUCUGGCUAAACUGAUAGGAAAAAAAUCUGUUCUGUUUAUGGGAAAUCAUGGUGUAUUAUUCACUGGAUCAACGGCCGCUAUUGCAUUUGAUCAAGCCUACUUUAUGGAGAGAGCUUGCAUGAUGCAGAUGAUUGCGAUGCAAACUGGAAAGAAGCUGCGCGAGUUGCCUGAGGACAUUAGUAAGUUAACUUACGAUCAAACCAUUGAGGAGCUGGACUAUUACGCCAACGCACACUUUGAGGGGAUCAGAGCUGUUCUCCUUGAAAAAGAUCCAGAAUUUCUGAAUCGAUGAAGACAAGCAUGCAUAGAGUAUACAGUUACUCAAGCAAAUAGACACAGACAUCGUUUAGGAGGGACAAAGCCCUGCACUUUCACAAAGCUUAUACCUUUGCAGUAUGCUACAGGGCGGGGAUGCACUUUAUUAUUUUCCUCUCCACUGAUACACACAAUUUCAUAUUAUUUUUUUCCGUAUUCCAUGUUCCUAUUUCCUGCCUGCGGAA